UUUGCCGCUUGAUUUGGCGUCUGUGGCUGUCAUCGUCCAAACCUUUUCGAUCUUUGUUGAAGUUCUCUAAAAAGUUCCAAAAGCAAAAUGGAUGCACUGGGUGAAGAUACACUUAAAGAGGCCAGACAGGAAUAUGAAGCAAUGCAAGGUCGAAAAUCAGGUUUYGCUGUAUGGAGAGUUAAGCAAUUGACUCUGGAAAAAGUGAAAGAAGACGAUGUUGGAAUAUUUUACAAAGGAGACUGUUACGUAAUACUUUCAGUGAAUAAAGGUACGAACUAUAUUUACUUCUGGAUCGGACAAGACUCUUCUCAGGAUGAGCAAGCUUUUGCUGCUAUGGCAACCGUUGACAUGGAUGAUGAAGUUUGUGGAGGAUCCGCAAUUCAAGUUCGCGAGGUAACUGGCUCUGAGACGCCACGUUUCAAGGAGGUGUUCAAGGAUAACAUAAUAAUCAAAGAUGGAGGACACAARACUGCAAUGAGAAAAAUCAGCGUAUCAAACGAGCCAGCCCAUUUGUACAAAGUGAAAGGCAAAUUAAGGCCAGUGGUUUCCGAGGUAAGUAGCCGGACCUCCUCACUCAAUCCCGACGACUGCUACAUUCUGGAUGUAGCCAGAAAACACAAAUGUGUUUUUGUUCUCCGUGGAGGAAAAUCCAACAAGGAAGAAGCUACGAAGGCAAUAAAGAUGGCCCGUAAGUUUCAGUCUCGAGUAGUUGUCCUAGACGAGAAUGAGAUCAGCUCAUGCGGUGAAGAAGAAAACAAGRUACUUCACGAUUCGUUGGGWGUGAGUCGAACAAGACCAAUCAAGUUUGAAGGCAUGGAUAAAGUCACAGAUGAACAACAAGAUUCAGAAGUUGAUAAAACGACGGAGUUGUGUCGGGUCCACGACAGAAGYAUCGAAAAUGUGCCAGUCAAGCAAUCAUCCCUCGAUAGUGGAGACUGUUUUGUUCUUAAAACAGCAAAAAACGUCUACGUAUGGAAAGGAAGRAAAUCAAGYAAAGAGGAGAAAAGGGGAGCCCUCGCAAAAGCUCAGGAGCUUAUUAGACAGAAGGGAAUGGCACCAACAACUCAGAUUACUAUUGUCCCGGAAAACAUUGAACCAGUGGACUUUAAAGGAUGUUUUGUGGACUGGAGAGAGAAGGAAGAAGUUACCAAAUACGACUWUUCUAAACCGAUUGGGGGCAAUGUUGCCAAGUCUGUCCACACCGUAAUUGACUUCAGAACCUUAUACAAUAAACCAGCGAAAGAGAGAAAAGAUCCCUUGAGCGAAGACGAUCUAGACCACGGCGAAGGCAGGAAGACCAUCUAUCGUAUCAUACCUGAAGGAAAAGGUGCUGAAGACGAGAGRAUCUUGGAGAAUAAUGACGGCUUUGUUUUUAAUUCUGGUGAAAGCUAYGUGAUUGUGUAUCAGUACAGGAGCAAACAAGCUAGAAGCAAAGAAAGGGCAAUCAUCUAUUUCUGGAUUGGUAAUGACUCAGAGCAAAAAGAGCAUGGCGCCGCUGCUCUUGUCGCCAGUGACAUUGACUCCAACCAAUUUCACGAUGAUGCUAUCCAGAUACGCGUCACAGAAGCAAAGGAACCUCUUCACUUUAUGAAAAUAUUUGGUGGAUUCAUCAUGAUCAAACAGCCACACUUUGACGAUCAAGGAGCUCGCAUGUACCACAUCAGAGGCAAAGCAGGGAACAUCAAAGUAGUGGAGGUUUCUCCUAUUGCUUCUAAUUUGAACUCAAAUGACUGCUUCGUACUGAGAGUCUCAAGGAAAAAAGUCUACAUUUGGCUAGGAAGAGGAAGCUUGGGCGACGAGCAAAGAAUCGCACAUGAGGCGGCCGUGUCGAUGUUUGGCACUUCCUGCGAAUUUAUGAAAUUGGUCGAAGGCAAAACUGAGCCACAGAACUUUUGGGAUGCUCUUGGUGGAAAGACGGASUAUCACAACAUUUUGGAAACUGUGAAUCCUAGUGAGGUUUGUGGUGAGCGAGAGCCAAGACUUUUCCGUCUUUUCAACAUCAGAGGAAGCAUGGAAGUCGAGGAAGUUUUUGACUUUAGCCAGGACGAUUUGCUUAGUGAUGACGUUUUCUACCUSGAUGUGUUUACAACUAUYUAYGUGUGGUUUGGAAAAGACAGCACGAAAGAAGAGAGGGUCGGGGCCAACAGGUUUUUAAAAGAUUUCAUUGACAGUGAUCCUUCUGGUCGUACCGCAAGAGAUGUUUCGGUAAUCAUGGUUGCCCAAGGAAAAGAGAACAUCGCACCCGGYUUCACUGCCUAUUUUGGAGUGUGGGAAACCCAUCGUGAAGAAAAAGURACCUAUGAACAAAUGAAGAAGUUGGCAGUGUAUGAAACCUCUGGGAGGUCAGCGGCUGAGCAUUUGAUCCUUCUUCAAAAGGAAGAAAAUGCCAGAUACAGUUACGAUGAAUUACAAAACAAUGAGGAUUUGCCUGACCAUCUUGACCUCACUAAGAAAGAGCUGUACCUUCACGAAGACGAAUUCCAAUCUUUGUUCGGCAUGACACUCGUUGAUUUCUACAAAAAGCCCGAAUGGAAACAGAUGGAGCUAAAGAAACGAGUCAAUCUCUUUUAGAUAGGUCGACCAAAAACUGUCAAGACAGCUUUCUCAGUAUUAGACAAUUAAUUUAAAUUUCUUAACAUAGACUUAAAUAAUUCUCAACUCACCUGAACCACGGCCGUAGGGUGGGCCUCGCUACCCCCACUAGCUAUGUACUUGGGGGACGACAGGACAUUAAUUUUGUUUUAUUGAAAUUCCCUGCAUAGAAAAAUUGUUUUCUGUAUCAUGCAAGGUUUCUUUGGCUCAAGACAUCCAAAAUGAGACGGUUGGAGAGCCUUCUUUUAUUUUUAGAGAUAACAGUUCUCCAUAGGAAACCUUUAACUUAAUUAAACAUGCCCAAUAUGCAAUGUAUCGCUAUAGUCAGACACACAAGAGAUAAAAAAGGAAGAAAGGGAAAGGAUGAAAAAAAGGAAAAUACUGGAAUCGAUCAGUUCACGCUACAAACAAAAGAAUCUCAGGUAAUCUAAGUUUUUUUAACCGAAAUAGGAGAUAUUUCUUUAUAACUUUAUGAUCAUAAAGUAAUGCUGCCUUCCCUAAAAUUCUUCAUUUAAAUCAAGCAUCAAGCAUGGAAUUCAGAUUUCAAAGGAACAUUUUUAGUUUAUGUCGCCUUUUCUUUACAUUGAUAAAAUUCUAAGCUCACGAACACUAAUUUGAUCAACUAAUCAUAGAAAGAAGUUUAAUAUCAAAGUGUUUUCUGCUGAAAAUUCAACUCAUAAAAGAAGUUAUACAGAAAUAUUCUGUUUAUGUUGCUAUAUUUUUUUAUUUGCUAAGUUUACUUUGAUUGCACGUGAUGGAUUAUAGAAGGCACGAACUGAUAUAUGGGAAAGAACUGUGAAAAGAUAGGAAUGGAAACGAACGGAGGAAAUAAAGAAAAAGUGCGAGGCCAGDUAACGAGGAAGAGCAAAAAAAAAUUAUAUAAACGUACGUAAUCUAUCCACUAUUCAAUUUUCAUAACUUAGCUCAUUCACUCGAUUAGAAACUAAUUGAAGCACAACUUUUUAUAAGUGUUUUUUGUUGUUUUAGUAGAAUUUAUAUUAAUAAAAGUAAAUCAUAAAAUAAAA